AAACACGAAUUUAAAUGCAGCUGUUUGACUGAUACAUUUAGGGGCAAAACUGUGGAGUUUUGCUAGCCCGCAUUGUGUUACAUGUAGUGUAUUAUGUAACCUGGUAACCAUUCUGAUCAGGCGGCUUUAGGCUUCUGUGGGACAGAAUAACACAGUACGUUUUGUACGAAGGCAUUUGGAUCACGAAGUAUAAUUUCUGCGCGCAAGUUGACCCUAAAAAGAGUUUAAACAGCUUAAGUGUUAAAUAAGGAACACCACGACACAUUGACUUUUCUACUUUGUACAUUAUUUUGUAUAUACUGUUUAACAUGACUUCAGUGGUAACUGACGCAGCCCGGAGUACUCGGGACCGAGUGCAGCCACAAACCUCACACACCUCACAGUCACAGAAACAGAUCCAGGCCACAGCAGAACAGAUUCGCCUUGCGCAGAUGAUUGACAAAAACGAUGCAGAUUUUGAAGGGAAAGUCAAACAGCUUAUUGAGGUCACAGGUCGCAAUCAAGAUGAGUGCAUGGUGGCCCUUCAUGACUGCAACAGUGAUGUCAACAAAGCCAUCAACUUCCUGUUAGAGGAGGUUCCUGUCAAGGACUCCUGGGAGACGGUGGGGAAAAAGAAGAGUGUGGGGAAAGAAGGUGUGCCGGCUGAAAGCAAAGAAAGACGGAUCGACAGGGAGGGAAGGGGUCGCGGCGGGCCACCCAGACGUGGUCGUGGAGCCAGUCGCAACUACGAAGGUCGCUCGGAGGAAAAUGGGUUUGACUCUAUUCCGGGAGAAAGAGGAGGUGAACGUGGGCGCAGAGGAAGAGGGAGAGGUGCCGGAGGCAGAGGACGAGGCAGGGGAGAUGUGGGGUACAGGUUCUCUCAGGGAAUUGGAGCAUUUAACCCUCCUGAAAAUUCUGGCUCUGCUGAUCCUGGAGACUCUGCCAACAAUACUACUGAUGGAAACUGGAGAAAUCUGGAAGAAUGGGCUGCAGAAGACUGGAAUGAAGAUCUUUCUGAGACCAAAGUGUUCACUGCCUCCUUUGCACUUACUUCCCAGAACCAAGGAACAGCUGGACAGGGGGUUGAUCUGACUUCCCUGUUGCCUAAAGCUUCAGAGGUGGACUCCGAGCUGGCUGGCUUUGAGCAGUCGUCCCCAGAGCCGCUUACACAAAGCCUGGUGUUCACCAACUCUCAGCAGAAUGCAGCUCGCACACACACCCACAGCUAUGCUUCAGCUGCUUCCAACAGCUAUGCCUCUGCUGCUGCUGGUACCUACGCCCAUGCUGCCUCGUCUAUGACAUCUAGACCAUAUCAUCCUGACGUACACAAAGCCGAGCCAGUCAGUACAAUCAGCUCUCUGCCCAGCCAGACACCAGUCUCCCUGAGGAACGACAGCCCUAUGGGAGAACCAAGUCCUCCUACCGCACCUGCACCUGGAGCUUUGAAUGAACCCAAAGUGGAGAUCCCGGUUACAGUGGCACCAUUGGAUCUGAAUGUUCAGCUUGAACCCUCCCCCAUCCUCAGUCAGCUCACACAGCACCAGAACCCCAUGCUCCAAACGGACCCGCCAGCUCAGGGCCAAAACCCGUCUCCUCCGCUAUCCCCUUACGAAACUGCUCGCUCUGCCUUGAAACCUCCGGUAGAGGUUAGUGCUCCCAUCAUGAGCAUAGAACCUCACCAGCCCAAACAAAUCAGGCCCCAGAGACGCAGACUACCCCCACCUUCUAAGAUCCCCUCGUCGGCAGUGGAGAUGCCAGGCUCUGCUGAUGUGUCUGGCCUGAACGUGCAGUUCGGCGCUCUGGAUUUUGCAUCCGAGUCGACAGUGGAAAGCUCAGCUCAUUCAGAAGCAGCCAGUCAAGAUCCUCCAGUUUCUGUUUCUCAGAGCCAGAAAAGCCUGUACUCCAAAUCAAGCACUGUCAGUGAGCCGGUUACUGGUCUUUCUCCUGCACUGCCUACAUCAAUGAUGGAGCCCAGGUAUCCAUCUCCUUCCCUGGGAUUACCCAGUGCCACAGCUCCUGCUGUUACCACGUCAUCCAGAACAGAACCCUCCAGUCUGUGCAAGGAAACCUCCACCACCACCACUUCCUCCACCACCCCUCUCACUAAUGGAUUCAUUGAGGUACGGACAUCAAGUACACUAGCUGCAGCCCCCUUAAGCACUCCCCAGUCCAUUUCCACAUCUCUGCCCACCGAGAACGGCAUGGUCUCAUCGUCCUCAUCAUCUGCACCGGCUCCUACACCCAGCACUGCACUUCCCUCCCUCAGCAGUAGUCAUGUGAGCAGUGGAACCACGAUGGGCUCUACAGUCCCUGUCAGUACUGGGCUCAAUUCUCAGGUGGCCGGUGAUGCCAGUGGGGGUCUCUCUGGCUUUUCAAACUCGGCACUUAACUCUAACGGCCUGAUUACUGGUGCACCAGGCCUUUCUACCAACGGGCACUUGGCUCCUUCCACUGGCCGCUCAGCACCACUGCAGACCACCACUGCCACCUCUGGUAAAGCACCACCCAACCUGGCUCAAGGUGUACCCCCACUGUUGGCUAGUCAGUACAUUAUGGGGCCUGGAGGACUGCUUCCUGCAUACCCUCAGAUCUAUGGCUAUGAGGACCUGCAGAUGAUGCAGUCACGCAUGCCCAUGGAUUAUUAUGGGAUGACCGCCUUCCCUGGUACGACCACACUUGCUGGCAGAGAUGGAGGAUUAGCAAACAACCCUUACUCAGGUGACGCCACCAAAUUUGCUCGGGCUGAGGCGCCGUCCCCAGCACCCUCCACCAGCCUGUCCUCGGUCGCUUCUUCGCAGUCUGAGCCUGGCACAGUUCAAACACAAGCACCACAGAAUCCUGGCCAGGCCUUCCUCAACCCUCCUCUGCCACCCGGCUAUGGCUACACUAGCUUACCCUACUACCCCGGCAUGCCAGGCGUUCCCAGUGCCUUCCAGUACGGCCCCACAGUCUUCAUGCCCACUGCCUCGGCGAAGCAGCACACCCAGUACCAGCAUCAGACGGGUUAUGGAGGACACGCCUACGCAUCAGGUUUUGAUGACCUGUCUCAAGCUCAUGCCGGGGAUUAUGUGAAAGGAGGAUAUGGUGGCAGCUCUCAGUCACAAGCCAAGUCAAGCAACAACUCAGUGAAAGCACCUGGAUUGUCCGGCUCUGCCAGCUCUGACCUCAGUGGAACAGUUUACAGCAAGACACAAUCAUUUGAUAAACAGGGAUUCCCCACUGUGACCCCGCCGACGUUUAGCCUUCCUUCUGCUUUGGGAGGCACAGGCCCCCUGAACCCAGGAGGAGCACCUGGCUAUGCCCCACCCUUCCUACACAUCAUGCCUCAUCAGCAGCCUCCCUCCCAGCUGCUGCACCACCACAUGGCCCAGGACACACAGGCUCAGCGCAGUCAGUCCAGCAGCUUGCAGAAGAGCCAAGCAAAGUCCAGCUACAGCAACUCCCCCUACUGGGCCAACUGAUCCCAUACUGGAAACACCAUGAUGAUCCUCAUCUUUCAGAGCUGCAGCUGGCCUGAACACACACACACACACACAAUCUCUCCCUGACCCCCCCUGCAUAGUUUUCCUCUGCUCAUUUCUUUUGUGUUUGCUGGUUUUCCUCCUCCAAAUUAAAUUUCAUGUAAAAUAUUAAUGUAAGUAUUUAUAUAUACUGUAAAUGUUAAAAAGCCGAACAUGAAACGUGGUCGCUCCAUUUUAUUUUUUGAAGGAUGUUUAGCUUUUGUUUACUUUUUAAAAAUGGCAAAGAUGUAGCGAGAACGCAGACGGAGGAAGACUGGGAUAAACGACAUUGCCUUGAGAGCCUGAGUUUUGAUAAAGGAGGAAGACGAAAGUUGGGGGAUUUCGGGAGAGGUUCAUUUUAUUGAAAGAAAAGCAUUAAAUGCUUUGGUUGUUACAUGACGGGCUUUUCUGUGGUAACAGGAAGAAAUGGCGUCUGCUAGAUGUUGUUCUUUCCACUGGCUUUAAAGGUUAUCACACCAAGAAACCCACAAGUUUUAUAUAUUGAACUUCUGUUGCCCUCUAAAUAAAGGUUCUGAGCUAUUCA